AUGUCCGAAGAGUCGGAGCGUCACGGUGAGUCGGCGAGUGAAGGCGUCUGUAGCAGCGUCACAAACGUGGCGCGUGUGUUGUUGACCUCGCACCAGAUCGACACCGCUACAGCGGAGUCCCUUCGCGCCUCGUGGAGAGACCAGGACUUGUACAUUGACCACCUCGAAACGUUGAACAAACAGCUGGAAGGAAGCUUGGAAAAGGCGAAAGAGGUAGAGGAAAGGAUAAAACAACAGUACACUGAGUCACAACACAGAGAGAAAAUACUUGUUAGGAGGCUAGCAGCUAAAGAACAAGAGAUACAAGAUUAUGUAAGUCAAAUAACCGAAUUGAAAUCAUCACACGCGAGUCUUAACGGACGGCCAUCUCUACUAGAUCCAGCUGUUAAUAUGGUAAUAUUGAGGUUGAAACAGGAAUUAACAUCUACAAAGGCGAGGCUAGAGGAGACACAGAACGAACUAUCAGCAUGGAAGUUCACGCCUGACUCGAAUACAGGGAAGAAAUUAAUGGCCAAAUGUAGAUUAUUACACCAAGAGAAUGAAGACUUAGGACGGAUGACAUCUAGCGGCAGGAUAGCGAAACUAGAGGGCGAUCUGGCGUUACAGAAGAGUUUCAGUGAGGAGGUCAAGAAAUCACAAUCAGAGUUGGAUGAAUUCCUUCAGGAAUUGGAUGAAGACGUAGAAGGCAUGCAGAGUACUGUGUUAUUCCUUCAACAAGAACUCCGAGCGACGCAUUCCACAGUCAAUGGGAACAGACCCUCGCCAGAGAAACGCAUAUAUUCUGGUAGCGAGUGCAGCGACACGCCUAUCAGCAAGCGAAGACGGGCGUCAGUACUAUCACUCGACUACAACGAAGAGGAAGAACCAUUAACUGUGACAAACGGACAAACAGACUAG